AUGAUUAUCGAGGAGUUUGGUGGCAGUUAUGAGGUGCUGGAUAGCAGCUGCGAUUCGCAGGACAACUGUUGCAGUAGUGCACAAAACAAGGCAGAUUUACGCUCGGAACAAAAUGUGAUGAUCGCGGUUCCAGAUGGACUUCAAGGCAGCGAUGAUUGGUACUUGGACUCCAGUUGUUCAAUGCAUAUGACAGGGAGAAAAUAUUUGUUUGUGAAAAUCAAUCAAGUUAUGAAAAGUAUAGUAAAGUUCCCGGAUGAUUCCACUCUUAUGGCCGAAGGUGUCGGUGAUGUUUUGAUCAAGAAGAAGAAUGGUGGGUUUUUUAUGAUCAAACAUGUGUCGUAUAUUCUGGGUAUUAGGUGUAAUCUUUUUAGUAUUGGCCAAUUGCUUGAGAAAGGUUACAAGAUACGCUUGGAAGACAAGAUUUUGCAUGUUGUUGAUGCUAGUAGAGUGUUGAUCCUUAAGGCACCUAUGACUUCUAAUAGGACUUUCAAAGUUGAAUUGAAAGUAAUAGAGCAUAGGUGCUUAGCUACAACUCCAAGUCGAGAAGAGUGGUUAUGGCAUUACUGUCUUGAACAUUUGAAUUUUCGUGAUCUCAAAGCGUUGCAGCAAAAUGGUAUGGUUACCGGGCUGCCAUACAUUAGUAUUUCAGCUGAGUUGUGUGAGGAAUGUGUGAGAGGAAAGAUACAUAAGGGGAGUUUUAACAAGGAUGGGGGUCAUAGGACCAAAGCGCACCUUGAGGUGGUGUACUCCGAUGUUUCUUGA